GGAAGAAGGACAGCUACGCGUUACCAGACGAGUGUUCGGGUUCGUUCAGAGCAGCAUGACUGCUGAAGCUGUGGUCACCGUCCGCCUGGUGAGGUCCUUCGAACACAGGAACUUCAAGCCGGUUGUGUUUCACGGUGUCCGCUUGGAGCAGACCGUACAGGACUUCAUGCAGCUCGUCAAAGACGAUAUUGCAACAAGGCCAGGAUUUCCACCUCCUUUCAGGAAAUAUGGUUAUGACACGAUGAAGAUUAUCCAUCAGGCUCAUGGAGCAAAGACAAACGAGUUAGUGAUGAGUUUAGAUGAUGAUGAAACUCUGGUUCUACAAGAAGGCCAAACCCUCAGAGCUGCUGGUGUUGCUCAUGAGACAGAAGUGGCCUUCUUUAGGAAAGCAGACUACAGUCUCUAUAAAGCAAACCCCCAAACUGCCUGGUGACUGCAGCACUACGUCAGAGGAGAGUUCAUAUACACAGGUCUGCUAUGCCUGGAGCAGUGAAUAAGUUUUGUCAUGUUUCUACUGGACUGUUUUCAUUUGUGGGAUUUUUUUUCUCCUUUAAAGUCAAAGCUUAUUAUCCAGCAGACUAACAGGCCUUCUUAUUUAAUAUUAAAUAUUUUUUUUAAUUUUAUGUGAAUGUCUUUUAUGAACAUCUUUCUGUUGUUAGUGAUGUUGUAGAUAUGCUGAAAGUUUUUUGUCUGCUUAAAUUUUCAGCGUUUUAAAGGUUUUAAGGAACAAUGUUACAUCUCCAGCAUUAGCUCUGCUCUCUGUGAUCGUGAGUAAAAUGUUUGUGUUCUCAGUGUAAUUCAGAGAUGUGUUUUCAGAAGUGUUUAUAUUUUUUUCAUACUUUCAUACAUACCAAUGUAAUUGUGAGUGGAUACUUUUGCUAAUAAAAUGUUGUGUGGUUCAAGAACACGAUGUAGACCUCUUUGAUUAAUGAAACACAGAUGGAGAGAAAGAUGUAAAAAUAUUUGCAGAGCUUUGACUGUUCUGAGGGGAACAUUCGUUUCAAUAAAUGUGAAAUAGAAGAAGUUACAUGAAACUUUAGGAUUCUCUUGAAGCUCGUCAUCCGUAUAAACUGAGUGAACCUCGUAGAGCUUUGGAGUUUGUUUCACAUUUUAAAGGACUCAUACUGUAUGACUGUCUCAGACACAAAUGAGACAGAGUCUGUAUCAGAGACCCGGUACCCUUCUAUGACUCUGAAAACGACACAAAGGUCUACACUCACAGAGACACUUUCACUGAGAAACUCUUCCCAUUGUUGUUAAGGAAUAAAACUUUAGAGGCAACAAUGGAUGGAAUAAAGUCUGUCAGACUCAGAAUUCUCUAUGAUGUUCUUGGGAAGUUCAUUAAUUGUUCUAAUACAGGGGUCUCAAACUCGUGGCCUGGGGCCCGCAUGCAGCCCACAUCACCCCUACUUGCAGCCCGUGUAUUGAUGUGAUGAAAUGUAAUGCAAUUUGGCCCUUGAAGUGACUUUUUGUUAGGGAGGAUUUGUUUGUUGAGUGCAAUGUUAAAAUAAAUUCUUCAAAUGACUGAAUAUGAAAACAUGAGCAGAGAGUACAAACAUGUUGAGGGACUGGCUGUUAGUUCAGUGACAGUCAAACACUCAUGUGCAUUUUUAUUUUGUUAAAUACGAGCAAAAUGAUAGAAGUGCGGCCACGUGUGUGGACAGCCAGAGAGGACCAAUGUGUUUAUUUGCUUCAAUGAAAGGCUUCAGUUAGUUAAGAGCGAGGAGAAAAACUGCGUUCACGUUUGCAGUUUUGUCUUGUUAUUGUGAGAUUAUUAUAUUAUCUUAUGCCACGUUAUACCCCUAAUUAAAGAUUGUGAAAUUAUUAUGUAGUUUUAGUUCGCAUUAUUUUCCUGAAGAGGUGAUAACUAUUAGAUUUAUUAGACGGAUUUGUAUUACAUUAGACUGCUGGUUUAUUGUGAAUGAAUGAUAUUGUUUUAUGAUGCAUGA